GUACGAAGUAUAUCCUCCUCUUCGCGAGCGCUGGGAAGCCCAGACAGGAGGGGGAUGAAGAUGGCGGACGCCAAGCAGAAGAGGAACGAGCAGCUGAAGCGCUGGCUGGGCUCGGAGACGGACCAGGAGCCGCCCGUCCUGAAGAAGAAGAAGACGAAGGUGAAGUUCGACGACGGAGCCGUGUUCCUGGCCGCCUGCUCGAGCGGAGACACCGAGGAGGUGCUGCGGAUGCUGGAGCGGGGCGCCGACAUCAACUACGCCAAUGUGGACGGACUCACCGCCCUGCACCAGGCCUGUAUAGAUGACAACGUGGACAUGGUAACCUUCUUGGUAGAGCACGGGGCCAACAUUAACCAGCCUGACAAUGAGGGCUGGAUCCCGCUGCACGCUGCAGCCUCCUGCGGGUACCUGGACAUUGCAGAGUAUUUGAUCAGCCAAGGGGCCAAUGUGGGUAUGGUAAACAGUGAAGGGGAAACCCCGCUGGACAUCGCCGAAGAGGAGGCAAUGGAGGAACUCCUGCAGAAUGAAAUAAACCGGCAAGGAGUGGACGUCGAGGCUGCUCGAAAGGAGGAGGAAAGGAUCAUGCUGCGGGACGCACGCCAGUGGCUCAACAGCGGCAAGAUCAGUGAUGUGCGACACGCCAAGUCCGGGGGCACGGCUCUGCACGUGGCUGCCGCCAAGGGCUACCUAGAGGUUUUAAAGCUUUUAAUCCAGGCAGGGUACGAUGUAAAUAUUAAAGAUUUUGAUGGCUGGACUCCACUCCACGCCGCUGCACACUGGGGGAAGGAGGAUGCGUGUCGGAUCCUGGUGGAGAACAUGUGCGACAUGGACGCUGUCAACAAAGUGGGUCAAACAGCUUUUGAUGUAGCAGAUGAGGAUGUUCUUGGAUACUUAGAAGAAUUACAGAAGAAGCAGAGUCAGCUAACAAACGAGAAGCGGGACAAGAAGUCGCCUUUGAUUGAAACGACAACGAAGGUGGAGAACAAUCGACCACAGAAGCCACUUAAAAACAAAGAGACGCUACUGCUGGAACCGGAGAAGAGCGCACCCCGCAUUGAGUCCCUGGAGCCAGAGAAGGCAGAUGACCGGGAGCAGGAGGGCAAAAAGGAUGAGUCCAGCUGCUCCAGCGAGGAGGAGGAGGAAGACUCAGAGUCUGAGACGGAAGCAGACAAGAGCAAGCAAGCUGCACCUUCGAACAACGCCAUCAGCCCGGCAGCAGCGCCCUCUGUCGCCCCUGCCCCAUCCCCUGCAAGCCCCACCAACCAGGUGACCCCCACCUCACCAGUCAAAAAGCUAGCACCUCCUUCCGGAAAGGUCCCAUCCAAAGAGGAGGAGCGCAAGGACGAGUCGCCCGCCUCCUGGCGGCUGGGCCUGCGCAAGACGGGUAGCUAUGGGGCGCUGGCGGAUAUCACUGGUGGCAAGGAGACGCAGAAGGAGAAGGAUGCAGCCGGGGUGAUGCGCUCUGCUUCCAGCCCCCGUCUCUCGUCCUCACUGGACAACAAAGAGAAAGAACAAGAGAGGGAUAAAGGAACUCGGCUGGCCUACGUCACUCCCACAAUCCCGUCGCGAAGACAAGGCAGCGUGUCAGACAUCGACGAGAAGGAGAACAGGGACUCUGCCGCCAGUCUGGUGCGUAGCGCCUCGUACACGAGGAGGCGCUGGGAUGACGAGCCCAAGAGCAGUGAAGGGACCACAUCGCAGAGCAGGCUGCUCGGCUUCCAACGCAGCUCGUCCCAUUCGCUGGCAAUGGGGCGCAGCAGUGGUGUGCGAGAUGCGCCCGCAAAGUCGUCCUCCGCCACCAGCUUGGACCCCUCCUCCUGUAGCGCUAAGGCCUGGCAGUCUCCUGCAUCCCACAGCCCGUAUUACAGCGUGUAUAGAAGCGGCUCCUUUGGCAGGAGGUAUGAAGAUGCCCUCAAUUCCACCUCCUCGUCCGUCACCUCGUCCACCGGCAGCCGGAGCCUAUCCACCUCGACCACCUCCCCUGCCCCUUCCAGUGUGACCAGCAGGUUUUGGACGGACGAGAGUGCAGAGAAGGAGCGGGAGAAGGAGUCGGCAGCCAUCACCCCCACAGUGGUUAACGCCACCUCAGCUGGCACCGUGGUCUCCGCCGACAGCAGGGAGAGACGCAGGUCGUACCUCACUCCUGUUCGGGAUGAAGAGUCCGAGUCUCAGCGGAAGGCCCGCUCCAGGCAGGCGAGGCAGUCACGGCGGUCCACCCAGGGCGUCACCCUGACUGACCUCCAGGAGGCCGAGAAGACCAUCGGCAGGAGCCGCCCCACGCGGACACGUGAGGAGGAGCAGCAGGAGGAGAAAGAGAAGCAGGACAAGGAGAAGCAGCAGGAGGAACGGAAGGAGACGGAGGCCAAGGAGGAGGACUCGCGAUCGCGAUACCGUAGCUUCGAUGAGACGUACCAGCGCUACCGACCAUCGACCACGACUGCAACCACGGCGUCCUCCACGCCUUCCGUGUCUACUUCAAGCAGCUCCCUCUCUUCCAGCUCCCUCAACAGGCCCGACAGCCUGAAGGGCAUUAGCUCCACCUACAGCCGGAUCUCCAGGGACGCCGAGAAGGAGGACAAGGAAGGUGAGGACAAGGCCCAGCCCAGGACCAUCAGGGAGCGGCGGCGCCCCCGGGAGAAGAGGCGCUCCACCGGCGUGUCUUUUUGGACCCAAGAUAGUGAUGAGAAUGAACCGGAGCAGCAAUCUGACUCAGAGGACGGCAGCACCCAGAGUGAGCCACAGAGUGACCGUCUUUCGAGGAACGACUCCACUAGCGCCCCCUCUGCUGACCGCUACGAGAACCUUGGCAGGAGACCGUACUCAAGCAGGCUGGAUAAAGAGGAUGCCACAGACUACCGAAAGCUCUACGAACAGAUCCUAGCUGAGAACGAGAAGCUGAAGGCCCAGCUGCGCCACACGGACUUGGAGUUGGCCGACUUGAAGCUGCAGCUAGAAAGGGCCACACAGAGGCAGGAGCGCUUUGCUGACCGAUCACAGCUGGAAAUGGAGAAAAGGGAAAGAAGAGCUCUAGAAAGGAAGAUCUCUGAGAUGGAGGAAGAACUCAAGACGCUACCAGACUUGAAAGCGGACAACCAGAGACUAAAGGAUGAAAAUGCAGCCCUGAUUCGAGUCAUUAGCAAACUUUCCAAGUAACUGAGUGACCGCUCCCUGCCGCCCCGAGCAGCAACUCAUCGUGUUGCACAAAUCGCUAUUAACUGCUGCAGACACUGGUCACGAGAAGUGUCCUCCAUCUGCCCCCCUCAGCCCCACCCCUCCCCUCCCACUACCUCUAAACCAUCGUCAUGCAUCCACCCCAGAUUAGGCGUUCUUCUCCAACUUGCUGCUGCCCUGAAGAGCGAACGGAGCUUAACGGUCGGUGUGGGAAAAGGAGGCGGGUGGGGAAAGCCUGCGAAAGUGAGUGUGUAUGUGUAUCUGUGUGUGCACGUGUUUAACCAGUAAGCCUUAGCUGUACAGGAAACGAGUGACUUCGAGAUCUCGGCUUUUUCUCGAAGCCCUUUAACAC